AUGCAAACUCUCCGUAAGGAAGUCGCGGUCUCGAUCGGGCGAACGAUACGCUAUUUUUCAACCGGUAUGUUCAAGGUGAACUCGCCGGAGACAUUCCAACCGUCGAGCACAGCUGAGUGGCGUCAAUGCUCACCAUUUCCCACGUGGACCAACGCACUGCAGGGUUGGACCAGCACAGGUAGUGCUGACCGAUUGAACCAAACAGGAAGGAACACUUCUCCCGCAGAUAGCAUUCGCCAUGGUAAUAUCGAGUUUGUCUGUGUCUCUCCGCUGCGCAAAGCGCACUUUCAUAACUCAAUUUUACCAGGAGUUCGAGAAGUCCACAGGCCCAAGAGUUAUGGCGAUAAUUUUUCUGUCAGUAGAAGAGGAUAUCCGAUUUGGCCGUGA